AUGCAUGUCAAACCAGCCCCCAUUGGCCCUGUGCCUUUUAGUGAUUCAGAUGUGCUCAAUGUCGAGCGACUUAUCUGCGCAGUCGACCGCAGCACGGCAGCAGACUCUGGACCUACGUUGCCUCAUGAUCCCUCGCAACCGGGAUACCAUGUUCCAGGAGAGCCCAGCGUCCCGUUGGCUGACAGUAAAAGCUUCCUCCAGAGAGAGCUCACCACACCCCUUCUAGAUUUGCUGUUUGGAUAUCUCUGGCUCGUUGGAAAGCAGUCCAGCAGUAAUAUCGAUGCCCUUCAUGUUCAGGUCAUCAAGGGAAGAGAUAUUCUGCCGGCAGAAGAUCCAAAACUGCAUCUCAUUCUGGCAGGAAAAGAGGAUAUUUAUAAAGCCCAUACCUCAGUGCCUGUUAAAUUAUGA